GAUUGGCGAGUUAGCGCUCCAAGUUUAAUUUAAGGAAAAAGGAAAGACGCCUGGCCGGGCAACUCCGAUGCAUGGCGUUGGAGCGGCCAUGGCGACCACCGCAGCUCAUGCCGACCAGCCGCACGUGGUGUUCUUCCCGCUCCCAGCACAGGGCCACCUCACGCCGGCGCUCCAGCUAGCCAAGCUCCUCCAUCACUGCCUCGGAUUCCAGAUCACCUUUAUCCACACCGAGCACAACCGCCGUCGCCUCCUCCGCUCGCGAGGCCCCGGCGCGCUAGCGGGCGUCCCAGGUUUCCGCUUCGCGGUCGUCCCCGAUGGCCUGCAGCUCCCGUCGUCCGAGCCCGACGCUUUGGAAGAGAUGGUCGCCAUGCUAUUUUCCCUGGAGACAUUCGUCCCACACUUCAGGGACCUGGUUUCCGAGCUCCCUCCGGUGACCCACGUCGUCUCGGACAUCGAGCAAAUCCUGCGCUCCUCCAAGGAGAUGGGCCUCCGCAGUGUCGCCCUCUGCACCAUCAGCGCAUGUGGCUUCAUGGCAUUCCAGCAGUGCCAACAGCUUGUCGACAGGGGCAUUAUUCCCCUCAAAGAUACUGAGCAGCUUUGGAACGGCUACCUGGACAGCACGCUCGUCGACUGGGUCCCAGGGAUGCCCAAGGACAUGCGUCUAAGGGAUUUCCCGAGCUUCAUCCGCACAAUGGAGCACGACGACGUGUUCCUUUCCAUGAUGUUGCGCCUAAUGGAGUGCCAUCGGACUAUUCCAUCCGCCGUGAUCUUCCACACUUUCGAUGAGCUGGAGAGCCAAGUCAUGGCGGCGAUGUCAGCUAUCCUGCCACCUAGCUAUGUCGUCGGACCACUGCCGCUGCUCCUCAAGCAGGUCACUGCCGCCGGUAGCGCGUCGGACAGACUGGGAUCAAACCUUCUGAAGGAGAACCACAGCUGCAUGGAGUGGCUGGCGGGGAAGCGGCCGAACUCGGUGGUGUACGUGAGCUUUGGGAGCAUUGCAGCGCUAGCGAGCGAGCAGCUGCUGGAGUUCGCGUGGGGUUUGGCUAACAGCGGGCAUGAGUUCCUGUGGGUGCUCAGGGUUGAGGAAGUGAAGGGCGGCCACGCGGCGGCGGCGCUGCCGCUGCCGCCGGAGUUCUGGGAGGAGACAAGGGCGAGGAGCCACGUGGCGAGUUGGUGCCCGCAGGAGGAGGUGCUGCAGCACGAGGUGAAGACGGCUAUCGGGGAGACGAUGAAAGGGGACAAGGGGAAGGAGAUGAAGAGAAUGGCGACGAAGUGGAAGGAGAAGGCUACCGCGGCGGCACUGCCAGGUGGGCCAUCAUGGGUGAAUCUGGAGAAAUUGGUCAAUGAGGUGUUUUUUGUGUAAGACUAGUCAUAAUGCGAUACUACUAUACAAUGCAUGAUAUCAUGUACCAGUAUCAUAGUCUUCUCAUAUUAAUUAUUUUGUAGAGUCUCAGUAUAAAUACAUGUAAAAGAUUUACUUGAUUUUUUUUUGUAGUACAUGCUAUGAUACGGUAUCUACCUAUAAUACUAGUUUCUCUCUCA